ACAUGAAAAAACAACCCGCACAUUUUGCUCUGCAGAAAUGUAAACAAAUGACAGUACAAACUAUAAAAGAGAGUGAUGUUUCCGUUGAGUGAUUCUUUAGUCGUCACACAUGAUGGGCACAGAAAAGGAAAAAAGGGGCACAAGGAUCAUAAAUAAUGUGUGCUGUUUAUGCUCAGAACAGCGUUAUUUCCUUUCCACAUUUGAACACUAAAUCACACUUACGGGGCACUAAAUCAAACUCAUUUUUAAGGCUGGACCACCUCUGCUACAACUAAUGGUAAUUUUGUUCUGGAAUGAAAAACAGCAUCAGCCUUUAGUAACAUGUGUGUUGUAGUGGUAAUCUUCUCCUGAAUUGGAACAAUGAUGCGUGUAGAGAGAGAGAAAAGAGGCAUAGGUGUCCAUACAGUGUGGAAGGGGAAAUGGACGUGUACCUGGUUUUGUUAAGAGGGUACACAGUGCAUCGCUGUCUAGCAUGUGAAGCUUGUGGUUCAUCUCUUUCCCUCUAUAUCCCACCCAACUGGCACUUAGCACAUAUGGGUGGAGAGUCAGGACAAAACUAGUCUAGGAUUUCAGUCCGAUUCUCUUGGUUUUCUCCAACACUUUAUCCAACUUGUUGCUGACCCCAAACCAAAACUAUACAGCCACGUUGCCACGCAGUUAAUAAUAGGCCACACCAUCUAUUGCCAUGUUUUAUCAAACUCUUUUUUUUAUCCUUUUUACCACUCUUCUCUUCAUCAUAAAUUGGAGGGUAAGUGAAUAACCAACCUACCCCUUUUAGAUUUCAUUCCUUUGGGAACCGGCAGCAGCCAAGGAAAGCAAGAUGAAUGCAUUCGCAUCAUCACAAUGCAGCAGCGGGUGUGAGUCUGGUUGGACUCUAUACCUGGAGCAAUCUCUCCAGCUCAAUCACAAUGCCUUUUCACAUGCAACUUCCCAGUUUCAUGGUGAAGAUAACCACGAAUACAAAGCCAAGAAAGCCAAAAAGGAGGAGGCUGAGGAAGAGGACCUGUCCAUGGUCUCUGAUGCUUCUUCUGGGCCUCCACACUUGCCAGAUGCACAAGAUAAUGGUAGCUUUUACUCUGCAUCUAAGGCAGCAAAACUUGGCAAGAGAAGUAAGAAGAGGCAGAAGGUUAAGGAAUACCCACACCUGCCUUCUUUUCUUGAUGACACUGCUAGCUCUUCUGUCUUUGAUUUCUCCAUGAACAAUGUCACAGUGACCAACCAACAAACUUCCACAGAGAGCAUGCUAGAAUACUCACAAGGUUUCUCUGCUACUUAUUAUGAGGAGAGAUCCUCGUUGCAAGACCAGUUCGGCUUUUUAGAACCAUCCCUAUCAGAAAAUGGAGUUGAAAACAACAAGCAAAUGCUUCUUCUGUACAGUGGCCAAUCUUCAUGACUGUAUCCCCCAGAAGUAUUUUAAUUUAUAAUGUGACCGCUCCACUGCAUUCUGUUCUUGACAAAUAUGGUACGGAGUGAAAGAGAUGGGGAUGAUAUAAAGAUCAGUUCUGUUUCUACUAAUAGAUAUCUCUGCAAUUCAACUUGGUGCGGCGGAAGAUACAGAAGAUCCAUGAAGGGCACAGAAUCAAUGAUGAUGUAGAAGGAGGCUGACCUCAAAAGGGGUUCUGUUCCUUUGUUUUCUUUUAUCGUAUAUUUUAACUGUCAAUGCAGUGAUAAACAACCUGAAAGGAAAAUUUGGAAAUGAACCUUUCUUUUCCUUUUUCUUUGAUAA